UCUCAACACCAACUUCACUUCUCUCAUACAACCCAUCGACUACUACUUUACUCACAAUGUCCGACGCUCAAAUCAUUCAGAGGGUCAAGGACGCCAAGGCAACUAUUGAGGCCGACUUCCAGAGAGCAGAUGUUAUCUUCGACGCCUUGUUGAACUCGAGCCAGUAUCCCGAGGAUCUGAAGAAAGUUGUCAAGUCGUUGAAGAGCGACAACGAUAUCUUGAAGAACAGCUUCCAAUCCGAUCAAAUUGAAACCGCGUUCGACCAUUCUGCCUGGGUUAGUGCCGUUGUCAGAGACUUCAUCAACAAGGACUACAGUGCCCUUGUGAACGAUAAGACCCCACUCGAAGAUCGCAAGAAGAUUGCAGAGCAAGAUAUAAGUCGUUUCAGCGAAGGGUUCAACCGUUUUAAGUGGGCCCGCGAGGACUUUGCACCGUUCCCUGCCAAAGUGACUACAUACGUCGACAAGGUUACCACGCAGUUCAAGAGAUACAAGCUUGAUGCCCUUGCCAACGAGUUCGUGAAACUGUUUUCCAACGUUCCCGACAGUCUUACGGCUUUCGAUGUCAUAUUUUUCAUUGCUGAGUUGAACACUGAGGCCGCUGUUGUGGGCCUGCAGACUGCCAACAAGCAAGAGAACAACGCUGCGUUCAAAGCCGAGGUCGACAAGGUCCUCAACAAUCUCAGGCCCUUCAAGACGCUCUUGAAAGACUUUGAGGAGGUCCUCAAGCCUGGCCAGGGCCAGUAAAUCGCGCGCCAUGUUGUACAUUGGUCAUGGUGUGGUGUUUCCUUCCUGGCCAUUGUUUGGAUUUACAUACCAUCUAAACCUAACACAUCGUACGAACGUUCUUCUCUGUUCUAUGUUGUCAUUGUACUCCUAGCAACGUGUUGAAAUACCUUGAUAUAUGAGUUUUUGUUCUGUAAGAUUGCAGGC